AUGGAAGAUGUGCUAACCGAGAAUCCUCCACCUUCAAGAUUCUUCCAAGAAGAUCUUAACAACUUUGUUCCGCCACCUGAAUCCCUUCCAUCUCCUUUCAUCAUCUUCUCAAACCCGAAACCCGAACUGCCUCUCCGACCAUCUUUGCUCAUCAUUGCCGUAUCUUCGCCUUCCCUCUACGUCUUCCACAAUUUACCGUCAAAGACUCUCCUUGGAAGUCUCAUAAUGCCUGAAGUCCCGUUUUCUGGAAACACCAUGGAACCUUCUUUAGAGGACAAAUCAUGCAACAUAUAUUCCUUGAGUAGCACUGAUGAUAAAAACUCCAUCCUCCUUGUCUCUGUUCAGCUUCCGGUAUCCCCUGAACGGUCUCACAUUGUCUCGAGAUUACUCAUUGGUCAAGACAUUAUCCCGGAGCGGGUUAUAAUCUUAGAUUCCAUUCAGAGCCGUAAUUUCAGAGGUAAGCUCUCACCAGAUGAAACAUUGGCUGCGAAACUCGAGACAUCAUCUGAGAAAAAAGCAACAAGUUGUGUGAAUCUGGAUUACUUCCCAUCAGGGAGUGUCAUCGACGGGCUGAGUGCUUCACUUUUGAGCCGGUGUCAGCUGAGGAACAUAAGAGGAACGUUGGUGAUCUCAUGGCCUGAGUUUGGUCCUUCCGUAGUAAGAUUUGUCGGAGCUCUGCUGAAGAACAUUGUCCCGAGUUUGGAUAUCGCGAGUGUGAACAAAGAUCUGGACAAGUAUUCUUCAAAAACUGGUCUUAAAAAGGAUGCUUGGCUUGAUUCUGAUCUAUAUACAUGA